UCAAAGGUAGCACGCGCGCGGCCGGGCCGGUGCGCUGCAGUGAAGUCGACCUCGGGCUGCCAGCCCCAGGCCCGCCGGUGCCAUGGACGGCCUGCGCCAGCGCUUCGAGCGCCUUCUGGAACAGAAGAACUUGGCCACCGAGACACUAGGGGUGCUCGAAGCCAAGACCGGUGUCGACAAGCGGUACUUGGCCGCGGGAGCCAUCACUCUGCUAAGCCUGUAUCUUCUGUUCGGUUACGGGGCAUCUCUACUGUGCAAUCUCAUCGGCUUUGUGUACCCCGCAUAUGCUUCAAUCAAAGCCAUCGAGAGUCCAAGCAAAGAGGACGACACUGUGUGGCUCACCUACUGGGUAGUGUACAGCCUAUUCGGGCUUGCCGAGUUCUUCAGCGAUCUACUCCUGUCCUGGUUCCCUUUCUACUACGUGGGCAAGUGCGCCUUCCUGUUGUUCUGCAUGAUUCCCGGGCCGUGGAACGGGGCUCGCAUGUUGUAUCGUCGCGUCAUACGUCCGCUAUUUCUAAAGCACCACGAGGCCGUGGACAGCGUCAUGAGAGACCUCAGCGGGCGAGCCCUGGACGUGGCAGCAGGAAUAACCCGGAACGUCCUGCAGACCCUGGCCCACAGCCAGGCUCUCAUCUCUCCAGUAGCUGUCGGGGAGGGCCCCCCACUGCCCUCAGAGCCAACCAUAGGCAAAGUAAGCGUGACCCAGCUCCAGCAGGACAAGUGAAGUCCCCAGUCAGCCCCCGCACAGACCUGCCAGACAGCCAGCCAAAAGACACAUUGCGUCCCAAGUCCUCCACGGAUCCCUUGACUAAGACUAACUCUCCAGCACAGACCCCCACUGUUCCUUCAGGCCAUGGGAGCUCCUCGUUUACCACCUUGGGCCAAUCCCAGCCUCAGUCCCGGGUCAUAGGCCCUUCCAGUGGCUCCAAACUGCCUGGCAAGUCCCAGGCCCAGCCUCGGUCAAGAGCCAAUUCCUCCAGCCAGCCCCAGAGCCCUGGACAGCAGCCCCCUCAGCCAUCCACCACUUCCCUGGGCCCCUCCCAGCCAGCCCACCGAUCCCCGGGCUCAUCGCAGCGGCCCAGCACUUCCUCCAACCAGGCCCCCCUCACUGUGCUGGCCCCCAGUGCUACCAACAUCCCCAUGCAGCCCCCGCAAAAGACCUCCAGUGAACCAGAGGAACUGGCCCCCAAUGCCUCCAAGUCCAGCAAACAUCAUCAGAAAGGGUCCCCAACACAGGCCCCAAACAGCACCUCGGUUCCUGAGCUGCCUGUCUCCUGCCAAUCUGAGUCCCCUCUGGAGUAUGCCUCAGAGUCCACCACUGAAGUCACCUGCUGCUGGCCCCACCACCGCCCCUGGCUCCGAUACCUGGAGCACUGCUGGCGACUGAAACACCUGGCCUGCUAGGAGAGGGCUCAAUAAAGCACAUCUGGCCAAACCUCUCACCAUCUGUCCUGGGGGGGAGGGGACAAGGUGGUCUUUGUGGGGACCAUCCCAUCUUAAUCAGGAGAUGAGGAGGUAAAGCCCCAUUUUACAGAUGAGGAAAACAAGACCUGAAAUAGAGGUCUGGUCAAGUGGCCAAGAUAAACGAGAUGAGAAUUCGAGUCUAAGUUUUGGGGGUUUUAUUUAUUUUUA